UAAUGAAUUAUUUAUUUUAUUUUAAAAAACGGUAAUGAGUUAAAUAAUUAAAUUCGUUAGGUGGGAGCGGUUUGUCCGAUACGGAGGGAGAAGAAUCAGAUGUUAAGUUUAGUUAAACUUAGAGUGCUGUUUAGUUGUUACUGUUUCUUCUGUCUGACCUGAUGAUACAGUUUCUAACUGGCAAUAUUACGGGUUGAAUUAAAUUACCGGUUGCAUUAUUACAGGAAGGCUUUAUUUAAUACGAUUAAUUUUUUUUUUUUAAUAAAAUGCCAGAGAACUGCGAGACGUUACCGGUAAAAGAUUUAAAAUCGUUGUUACAAGAUCACUUGGGUGAAAUUGAGAUAAAAGGAACAACAUGGAAACAUUUGACAGACCCGGGUGAAAAUUUUGGCAGCUUAAUUUUAGCUAUUGACGUAACGGUGCAGCAAAAUAAAAAAAAAGAAAUUCUUCAUGUUGUUACAAAAUUACCUCCACCGUCUAAUUAUCUAAUGAAGUUAUUCAACAGCCCGUUUUCAUUCAGCAAAGAGAUAUCGUUUUAUAGAGAUUUAACUCCAGUAUUACUGGAAUUUCAACGGGAACGCGGGGUGAUAAAUCCUGAGAAAACGUGGAUCGGGGCCAGGUACCUGGGAAGUCGGGUUGGAUUGUCAGAUGAAUUUGACGAGCAAGCUUGCAUUGUUUUGGAAAAUCUAAACUACUCGGGAUACAAAAUGAGUAGUCGUUUAAGUGGACUCAAUCGGCACGAAACCGAGUUCGCGGUUAAAAAACUUGCGCAACUGCAUGCCGUGGCCAUUGGUUUGAAGAAGGUCAAGCCGGGAGUAUUUAAAGAGCUGGUUAUGCCAGCACUGAGUAGUGUCGUCAAUGAGACGGCUCAUCAGUGCGUAAUGGAUAUGGUUAAAAAGACAUUGGAGCACUUGGAGAGCAUCCCCGAGACCCGUAAGUACGUCGAUGUAGUCCGGCAGUCAAUGGAAUUGGCGGGAAAGUAUGAAAGCUGUCAAGUAAAAGAUGAAAAUUGGUGCACUUUGACUCACAACGACUUCUGGGUCAACAACAUGAUGUUUAAGUUUGAUGACAACAAUAAUGAUCAGGUGGUUGACAUGAAAAUAGUCGAUUUCCAACUCUACGGAUACGACUACGGCGUUAAGGAUUUAAUAUUUUUGCUGGUCUCUAGUCCAGUCAAUAGUAUUAUCGAAGAUAUAUUCGACGACAUGAUAACCGUUUAUUACGAUGCAUUUAUUGACGUACUCAGAAAAUUAAAUGUUGAUUGCACAGAGUUUAACCGGGAUAAGCUGAUUAAUAUUGUUGAGGAGUGUGCGCCCUAUAAACUGGCGCAGUGUCUUAUGAUGACGCAAGUUAUUAAAUCACAGCCGGGUAAAGCUCCGAAGAUGGAGUGCAUUGAUGAUAAAGAUAGUUUUUUGCAAAUAGGAGGCGGUAAAGAUCAUUACGAUAAACUGUCACUGAUAUUGAAUCUCUUCCGCAAGAGAAACUGGCUGCUGGCCGAUAAAAAAUGAUUUAUAAAAAUAUAAAUUUUUUUAAUGAUCUAUUGAAGAAGAUAAAUUAUUUAAAAGGUA